AUGACAGUCAUUCGUAUCGAGGCCGUCACGGACAUGCUCUGUCCGUGGUGCUACGUCGGCAAAAAGAACCUCGACCGCGCGAUCGAGCUGUACCGCGAGACGGACCCGUCCGCCGAGUUCCAGGUGGCAUGGAAGCCCUUCUAUCUCAGCCCGGCGAUGAAGAACUCUGGAUACGAUAAGCGCACCGUCUACACGAGGACGUUCUCCGCGGCGGGCGAUUUUGAGUCGGCUUUCGAACGCGUCUCGUCCGAAUGCAGCCGGGCAGGCAUCAAACUCGAUAUCAGCGGUACCACGGGCAACUCUCGGCAGUGCCACAAGCUCAUCGCCCUCGCGUUGAUGAAGGGCUUCGACGUGCAGGACCGGCUGCUGGAUGCCCUGUUCCGGGGCCACUUUGAGGAGGGUGCCGACAUUUCGGACAGGGAGUUCCUUCUGGCGGCGGCGGCGGAGGCGGGGCUGGACGAGCGCGAGGCUGCAAGGGUGCUCGACAGCGAGCGGGCCGGCGAGAUUGUCGACGGCGAGGUCAUCCGGGCGAGGAAAGCGGGCGUGAACGGCGUGCCCACCUUCACCAUCCAGGGCCGGUGGAGAGUCGGGGGGAAACAGGAGCCGGACGUCUUUCUGAGAGUGUUUGAGAGAGUUGCCGAGGAGUGA